AUGAGCCGCUACGACGAGCUGCCUUGGAAGUUUGAACCGAGACCAAGCACCAGCCAGCGGCUAAACAUCCAUACUUCCCCAAAUACUAACGCCAGAACCAUCCAGAACAUCAAGCAGUGCAAACACAUCCCCGAGGCGGAUGUGGAGGAGCUCUGCUCCAAGGUUAUCGAGUUGCUCAUCCAGGAGGCCAACAUCCAGCAUGUGGACACGCCUGUGACUAUCUGUGGCGACAUCCACGGCCAGCUCCACGACCUCUUGACACUUUUCAAGACCGGAGGCGAGUGUCCUGGAACCCAGUACCUCUUUCUAGGGGACUUUGUGGACCGUGGAUUCUACUCUCUCGAGAGCUUCCUCCUCUUGGUGGCACUCAAGGUACGGUAUCCAGACCGUAUCACGCUAGUCAGAGGCAACCACGAGUCCCGUCAGAUCACCACCGUGUACGGAUUCUACGACGAGUGUGUCCGCAAGUAUGGUUCCGUCAACGUGUGGCGGUACUGCUGCGAGGUGUUCGACUACCUCUCGUUGGGAGCCAUUGUGGGAGGCAAGGGAGGUGUUUUCUGCAUCCACGGAGGCUUGAGUCCUGACAUCGAGACCGUGGACCAGAUCCGGAUCUUGGAUCGCAAGCAGGAGGUGCCCCACGAAGGUGGCAUGUGUGACUUGCUCUGGUCGGAUCCAGAGGACGUCCAGGGAUGGGCUAUUAGUCCCAGAGGCGCUGGAUUCUUGUUUGGCGAGAACGAGGUCAAUACGUUUUUGCACCACAACAACAUCCUGUUGAUUGCGCGGGCGCAUCAGUUGGUGAUGGAAGGCUACAAAGAGAUGUUCAACCAGGGUUUGGUGACGGUGUGGCUGGCGCCCAACUACUGCUAUCGGUGUGGCAACAUCGCGUCGGUACUCACGAUCGACGACGACUUGAACCGCGAAUACAAGGUGUUUGAGGCGGCCACACAAGACGUGGGGGCCAUUCCGUCCAAGAAGCCGGCGGUGGAGUACUUUAUCUGA